GGAGGGUGGGAGGACGGAAUUUCCCUGCGCGGGGGCUCUUGCGUACCCGGCUAUCCGGCAGGCCCUUUCUGUUUACGGAGAGAAAGGGGAAAUGGAAAAGGCGGGGAGGAGGCUGGCGUCUGCUGCGCCGCCCCGGGGCUGGUUCAGACGCCGGGAGUCAGGGGCCCGCAGCGCACGGGUGCCCAGCAGGCGAUCGCCCGCUUUCUGGCAACCGCCGCCCGCCCUCGGGGGACACCGGCACGCCUGGUUCCCGCAGGCAAGCCACCCACUGCCUACUGAGCCGGGUUUCCGGACGGGCACGCGGGGAACUCAGGGGAGCCUCGGGUGGCCUGUUGCAAGCAGGUAGAGCUGGAAAGCACCUUGCGCAAGGCCGCGGGAGGUGUGGACUCACGUACGGCUCCUCCCCCUUCCUCCUUCUUCCCGGAGCCCGGGUGACCAGUCAGUGCCGGCCUGGACUGUGGCGGGGGAAGUGAGGACCCGCGCUCACCGCGUCUCCUGCGGGGGACGCUGCCUGGACAGCUGCACUCUGGUUGCUGAGCCUGGACGCCCCAGUAGGCACCACAGUGAUGGAGUACAUGAGCACUGGAAGUGACGAGAAAGAAGAAAUUGAUUUAUUAAUUAAGCAUUUAAAUGUGUCGGAAGUCAUAGACAUAAUGGAAAACCUUUACACAAGUGAAGAUCCUGCAGUGUACGAGCCCAGUCUGAUGACCAUGUGUCCAGACAGUAAUCAAAACAAGGAACGCUCAGAGUCGCUGCUUCGGAGUGGCCAGGAGGUGCCCUGGCUGUCAUCUGUCAGAUAUGGAACGGUGGAGGAUCUCCUUGCAUUUGCAAACCAUAUAUCUAACACCGCAAAGCAUUUUUAUGGACAUCGACCACAAGAAUCUGGAAUUUUAUUAAAUAUGGUCAUCAGCCCCCAGAAUGGACGCUACCAGAUCGACUCGGAUGUUCUCCUUGUCCCUUGGAAGCUGACUUACCGGAACAUCGGCUCUGGUUUCAUUCCUCGGGGGGCCUUUGGAAAAGUGUACUUAGCCCAAGACAUGAAGACCAAGAAAAGAAUGGCAUGCAAACUGAUCCCUGUGGAUCAGUUUAAGCCAUCGGAUGUGGAGAUCCAGGCCUGCUUCCGGCAUGAGAACAUUGCUGAAUUGUAUGGUGCCAUUUUAUGGGGCGAUACUGUUCAUCUCUUUAUGGAAGCAGGCGAGGGGGGCUCCGUUCUGGAAAAGCUGGAGAGCUGUGGGCCCAUGAGAGAAUUUGAAAUUAUUUGGGUGACAAAGCACGUUCUCAAGGGACUCGAUUUCCUGCACUCCAAAAAAGUGAUCCACCAUGAUAUUAAACCCAGCAAUAUCGUAUUCAUGGCGACAAAAGCUGUUUUGGUAGAUUUUGGCCUAAGUGUUCAAAUGACUGAAGAUGUCUAUCUUCCCAAGGAUCUCCGAGGAACAGAGAUAUACAUGAGCCCUGAGGUGAUUCUGUGCAGGGGCCAUUCCACAAAAGCCGACAUCUACAGCCUGGGAGCCACACUCAUCCACAUGCAGACAGGCACCCCGCCCUGGGUGAAGCGGUACCCUCGCUCGGCCUAUCCCUCCUAUCUGUACAUAAUCCACAAGCAGGCCCCUCCCCUGGAAGACAUUGCUGGUGACUGCAGUCCAGGCAUGAGGGGACUGAUAGUAGCCGCUCUGGAGAGGAACCCCAACCACCGCCCAAGAGCAGCUGACCUACUGAAACAUGAAGCCCUGAAUCCCUCUCCAGAGGACCAGCCAAGAUGUCAGAGUCUGGACUCCGCUCUCUUUGAACGGAAGAGGCUGCUGAGCAGGAAGGAGCUGGAACUUCCUGAGAACAUUGCUGACUCUUCCUGCACCGGCAGCGCUGAGGAGUCUGAGGUGCUCCGGAGACAGCGUUCCCUCUAUAUAGACCUCGGUGCACUGGCCGGCUACUUCAAUAUUGUCCGGGGGCCACCAACACUGGAAUAUGGCUGAUGGAUGGCCUCAUUGGCAACAAACUAGGAUGGACAUUUCUCUCUUGAAUGCUGGUUUUGUAGACCCUGCACAGCAACUAUGGAGAAUGAAUUUUACCCAUUUUUAGGGGGCACUGAGGUCACUGCAAUGUCCUCUCCCCCCCUUUGUGAAGCUACUCUGUCAUGUCCCGGGGCCCAAGGUUCUCAUUUCUCAGGUGGUGGGAAUGGACAGGAGGGAUCGGAGAGCUCAGGGAAGGAUUGUUCUGGUGACAAUUCCAUUCACUGUGCACUUUGCUGGACAUGUUAAAAAUAGCCAUCAGGAGAUAUUAACCUGAAACUCCUAGUUUGGGUUCUUAUUUAAGCAUGGGAUCUUCAUUUAACUCGGAAGACCUGUUCUGUGUAUAUAUUGGUGUGUAUUAUAUGGUAACUUUGUGAGCCUUGGUGGGCAGACUCCGUAAGGUUAGUCAUUGUAUUUAGGGUGACUAGAGCAGCUGUAAGGUUGCAGCAAUACACUGAGCUAGUGUCUUACAAAUGCCGACACCCUCAGAGCCACCUGACAGCAGGCCACUAGUGGCAGUUUCUGUUAUGUUCCUAUGGAAACACUGUAUACUGUACAUGCUAUGCUUAAAACAUUUAAAACACGAUGUUUUUAAAUGUGGGUAGAACUAUGUAAACCACAUAAUUUCUGUACAUCCCAAAGGAUGAGAAGUGUGACCUUCAAGAAAGUGGAAACUUUUGUAAAUUCUUGGUGAUGCUACAUUUAUAAUUCAUGAGCCUAUUUUCUUUAAAGUGUUUCUAUAUUAAAAUAGCAUACUGUGUAUGUUUUAUUCCAAAUUUCUCCAUGAAUCUUAUAUAUAUGUGUGUAUGUAUAUAUGUACAUUUUAACAUUGUAAAGUGUUCUUAUUUAAAGUAUAUUUUUACAUUAUACAAAUGAAACUCAACAUUUUAGUCCAGUGUGACUGGUCAAAUAAAUUGGAUAAACUGA